GAUCCUGAAGGGAAGUCAUGCCCCGCCCUGGCCGGCUGCUCCAGCCUCACGAGCCUCGAGUGGCGUGGGGCAAUUAGGUGCCGCACCCGCCCGCUUGGCUGCGCGACGCGCGGGGGCGGAGACGCUGUCAAAGCGAGGCCUUCCCAAAGGACCGCGACCUGUUUUCUUUUCUGGAAAAAUAGGGCCUCAUGAUCCUACCACGACAAAGCAUGGGACAGUAGGUGGGAGGGGUCACGCCAGAGGCCGCAGCAAAAAGGAUGACCGAGUAAUUCGACUGGCAGAGCUGGAGCGUUGCACGGAGCGCUUUGUGUGGCACGGAUUUCCUAGCCCAGCAACCGUGUUGAUUGGCAGCGAGACGCUCUGAGGUGUUCAAGAAAAGGGGACGUCCUCUCCUCAGACCCCACCGCCGAGGCUCGCGGGGAUCUUCCCGGAGACUGCUCCGCAAGCUCGAGAGCUGGGGCGUGGCGCCAAGACUUUCAAAAAACCCGCACAAGCCGAGAGUAGAAUGUGUCGUUUGCUUCUUGCGCGCAAGCGGAGUCGCGCCCGCCUUCCUCUGCCCGGGCGCACCGACCGCUUUCGUCUCUAGCGCCCUCCUGGGCCCCGGGAGAACAAUGCCAGUCCUCUCCGCGCGCAGAAAGAGGCUGGCGAGCACGGCCGGGCCGCGGCGGCGGGGUGGACCCAGCCUGGCAGUCCGGUGGGUUCCUCCUUUCGGCCCAGAGCCGGGCACCGGCCGCGGUGGCGGUCGAGCACCGAUGCGGCCUCGGGGGCCUACGUGCACUACAGCACGGCGAGGGGCGGGUCGCGGCCCGAGGAUGCUCCCGGGACCUCCCAGCAGAGACCUCCACCGCUGCGGCCCGGACCCCAGAGGGGCAGGCCGGUCCCCCAGAGCCUGCGAGUUGGGGGCUAGAGCGGCCAGGCCUCUGGGCCGGGUCGAGCCCGGGCCUCCGACGGCUGCGUCACGCGAAGGGGCGGUGCUGCCACGGGCGGAGGCCGGAGCCGGAAGCGGAAGAGGCGCUCGGAGUGGGGAGUGGGGCCUAGCCGCAGCCGGAGCCUGGGAGACGAUGCAUCACUGUAAGCGAUACCGCUCUCCAGAGCCAGACCCAUACCUGAGCUACCGCUGGAAGAGGAGGCGGUCUUACAGUCGGGAGCAUGAAGGUCGACUACGAUACCCAUCCCGAAGGGAGCCUCCCCCAAGGAGAUCACGGUCCAGAAGCCAUGACCGCCUACCCUACCAGCGGAGAUACCGGGAACACCGUGAUAGUGAUACAUAUAGGUGUGAAGAGCGGAGCCCAUCCUUUGGAGAGGACUGCUAUGGGUCUUCACGUUCUCGACAUCGGAGACGGUCACGAGAGAGGGGGCCAUACCGUACCCGAAAGCAUGCCCACCACUGUCACAAACGCCGUACCAGGUCUUGUAGCAGCGCCUCCUCGAGAAGCCAACAGAGCAGUAAGCGCAGCAGCCGGAGUGUGGAAGAUGACAAGGAGGGCCACCUGGUGUGCCGGAUCGGCGAUUGGCUCCAAGAGCGAUAUGAGAUCGUGGGGAACCUGGGCGAAGGCACCUUUGGCAAGGUGGUGGAGUGCUUGGACCAUGCCAGAGGGAAGUCACAGGUUGCCCUGAAGAUCAUCCGUAAUGUGGGCAAGUACCGGGAGGCUGCCCGUCUAGAAAUUAAUGUUCUCAAGAAAAUCAAGGAGAAGGACAAAGAGAAUAAGUUCCUGUGUGUCCUGAUGUCUGACUGGUUCAACUUCCAUGGUCAUAUGUGCAUCGCCUUUGAACUCCUGGGCAAGAACACCUUUGAGUUCCUGAAGGAGAACAACUUCCAGCCUUACCCCCUACCACAUGUCCGGCACAUGGCUUACCAGCUCUGCCAUGCCCUUAGAUUUCUACAUGAGAACCAGCUGACCCAUACAGACUUGAAGCCAGAGAACAUCUUGUUUGUGAAUUCUGAGUUUGAAACCCUCUACAAUGAGCACAAGAGCUGCGAGGAGAAGUCAGUGAAGAACACCAGCAUCCGAGUUGCAGACUUUGGCAGUGCCACAUUUGACCACGAACAUCACACCACCAUUGUGGCCACCCGUCACUAUCGCCCACCAGAGGUGAUUCUUGAACUGGGCUGGGCACAGCCCUGUGAUGUCUGGAGUAUUGGCUGCAUUCUCUUCGAAUACUACCGUGGCUUUACGCUCUUCCAGACCCAUGAAAACAGAGAGCACUUGGUUAUGAUGGAGAAGAUCCUGGGGCCCAUCCCAUCACACAUGAUCCACCGUACCAGGAAGCAGAAAUAUUUCUACAAAGGGGGCCUGGUUUGGGAUGAGAACAGCUCUGAUGGGCGGUAUGUGAAGGAGAACUGCAAACCUCUGAAGAGUUACAUGCUCCAGGAUUCCCUGGAGCAUGUGCAGCUGUUUGACCUGAUGAGGAGGAUGUUAGAGUUCGACCCUGCUCAGCGCAUCACACUGGCAGAAGCAUUGCUGCAUCCCUUCUUUGCUGGCCUGACCCCCGAGGAGCGGUCCUUCCACAGCAGCCGUAACCCCAGCAGAUGACAGAUGCAGGCCAGCACACGAGGAGAUGGAGAGCUGGACUGGGCUGCUUGCCCCUUUUCUCCAGCCUCUCCCACUGGCCUCAGAGCCAGAGCCACCGAUGAACAGUGCAAUGUGAAGGAAGGCAGGAGCCUGCAAGGGACGGGGGGAUGUGGUGCCCAGCUGCCAGAAAGCACAGAUUGGACCCAAGCUAUUUAUAUGUUGUAAAGUUAUAAUAAAGUGUUUCUUACUGUUUGUAA